AUGGCUGUAUGGCUGGCGAUUGGUUGGUGCGGGAAGAGCGGGGAGUGGUCUAGAAGCAGGAAGUAGGUGAUGCUCAGAGGAUCCGUACAGUGAGGUUAUGCAACUGCAAAAUGGAAGACCGAGUCACAGAUAAAUUAUUUGAUUCUCUUUGUUAUGUUAGUGAUCAUGUUGGUUUUUAUGGAACUAUCAAACAUUUUCCAGCUGACUUUGUUGUAACAGAAAUUGAUGUCACCGGUCAUCUGGUUACCGAGGGUCACAUUCAAGAACCUGAACUCAAACUGAGAGAGAAUGAUGAUGAACCCGAGUUUAAAAAACAGAAGACUGGCCUAAGGAAUGUUGAAGGUACCACCAUACUGGGACAGGCUGAAUGUAAAGGUGAACCAACGAAGGAUAAUGUGGACGAUGUCGCUGACAUCCUCAGUCCAUUGGAUUGUGAGGAAGGCUUACAUAACUUACUUAAGCUUUUGUUGAGUAUAGAUGUGCAAAAAGCUUUAAACAUCUUUGCCAACUCGGUAAAAUCUUCUUUUGAAUCCCAAGUUAAAAGUUGUGAGUCAAGUGAACUUUCUUUGGGCCUCUUUUCCAGUAAAGAUGACAGAGCCACAAUUCAUAGCGCUGUGCGACAGACAUUCCCAUUCCUGGUAACGUUCACCAAAAACACAGAGCUCUUAGUUAAACCAAACCUGGAUUACCAAGAGCUUUCUGGACUCACAUCUGAAGAGGAAGCAGGCAAAUUCUUUACAUUUUUAGAUGCAAAAGUCAAAAACUCUACAUUUACAUUUCAACCAGAUGUGAGUAAAGAACACAGGACAUCUGUGCAUCAUUUCAUCAGCAGGAAAUUUGGGAAGUUAGUAGAAACCAAAUCAUUUUCAGAGAAAGACAUUGAUGGAGUGCAAAGAGCCUCUGUAACUGUGAGGUUCAGAGAGAAAAAGAGCUCCUCCGGGAAGAGGCAGAGAACAGACGGGCACUCUGAAAUAUUCACAGCAUUUACCCUUGAGAAAGAGAACUUGGAAACACUAGAGGCUAUCAGCUACCUGUCAUCUGUUCUUGGUGUGCUUCCCUCAGACUUCAGUUAUGCAGGAAUUAAAGAUAAGAAAGCCAUUACUUAUCAGUAUAUGGUUGUCAAGAAAGUGACUCCAGAGAGAAUGCAGAAAAUUGGAAAGCUGCUUGAAAAAAAUGGUAUAAAAAUACAUAAUGUACGACCUGCAAAGUGUCAUAUACAUCUCGGACAGCUUAAUGGCAACCAUUUUACACUAAUAUUGAGAAAUGUUAGAAAUCACAGCAGUGACGCUUGUAAAUUGAAUCAGAGAAUUGAAGAUGCAGUGCAUAAUAUUAAGGUAAGAGGAUUUCUAAACUAUUAUGGACCUCAGAGAUUUGGAAAAGGGCGGAAUAUACAAUCACAGGAAGUUGGAUUAGCUUUGCUAAAAGAAGAAACGGCACUGGCAGUGAAAUUAUUCUUCACACCUGAGGACUGUGAUGAUCCAGUAAACAAAGCAAAAAGAUACUUUUUUGAGUCAGGGGAUGCUAAAGGUGCUCUUUCAUUGAUGCCUGACUUUAAAGUACGAGAAAAGAUGAUGCUGCGGGCUUUGAAUAGAUACGGAGUGACUGAUGAAGGAUAUAUUCGAUGCUGGCUCAGUCUUCCGCAUUCAAUGCGCAUCUUCUACAUCCAUGCCUUUUGCAGCAAAGUCUGGAAUGAAGCUGCAUCUUACCGAAUGGCUACUUAUGGUUUAAAGGCUGUGGAAGGAGACUUGGUAUUAUGCUGUCAAGAUGAGAAUAAGAAAUCUUCACUAUUUGAUAGAGUUCAUGCUGUCACAGCUGCAGAAGAGGCAGACAAUGUAUAUUUAAUGAACCAGGUAGUUCUUCCCAUGCCAGGACACAGCAUUAAGUAUCCUUCUAAUGAGGUUGGUCAUUGGUAUAAGGAGGCUCUAGCCAAAGCUGGUCUACAGCUCUCCAAAUUCCGAGUUGGCCCCCUGCAACUGAAUAUUCCAGGGUGCUACAGGCAUAUACUGAAAUACCCAAGAAAUUUGACAUAUGAACAUUUUGAAGAGGAUGAUGUCCAAAGUCAAGACAGGGACAAAUGGGAAAAAUCUGAGAUUCUACAAACGGCAAACCCGUCAUUAAAGCUGUCCUUUGCAUUAGAUUCAUCCAGCUAUGCUACCAUUUGUCUAAGAGAGAUGAUGAAAUGUAACUUUUGAUUUUCUUAUUAAAGAUUGUGCCAUAUUUUACGUAUAUAA